UGCAAAUAGUGAUUUUGCCUCAAAAGUGGAGACUACGAAUAAGACAAGCGGGGGAGGCCGUAGUUAGUUGCAGGUCAACUUGAUUUCCUGUCCGGCUGUCUCUACCAUGCAAGAGUUUCUUUGGCUGAUCGGGCUCCUCGGCUGAGCGCUUCAUCUUCAACUGAAUCUCCUUCGUUUUGGCAAAAGAAACGAGAAAGGAUCGAUUUGACGCCUUUCUUCUUCUUCUUCUUCUUCUUCUUCUUCUUCUUCUUCUUCUUGUGUUUGAGAUUCUUCAAGGCUAGAGAUGCAGAGUAAGUGAGACCUUUUGGUUUGGAAAUCGGAUCUGAAUCGGACAGGAAUGGAACUAUUCCGUAAUGCCAAGGCCGUCUGCCUUCGGGGCCCAGGCGGCUGGUAUCUCUACGCCAGCGAAGGCGGAGUUUCAGUAACCGCUAAGCGAGAUGGCCUUGGCCUGAGUGUCCGGUGGAGUGUGGAGGUGGUGGCCGCCAAUAAUAUCCGGCUACGGAGCUGCUACGGCAAGUACCUAACCGGCCUCCCCGACAACGUCUUCCAGAGCCCACCUGAGGAAUUGUUGCCGUCGGCGAAUUGGGAGCCCAUUAGUGAAGGCGGCAACAACCAACUGGUGAGGCUCAAGACCAGCGGGGGCUACCUCCUUAUCGACAGGGGCACUGGCUCUCUCCCUUCCGGGCACAACACCAGGGUGGUUUACCUCAUCCGUAACCCUAAGCGCAACCGUGCCACCAAAGAUGGGACCCCCUGGGAGGUUGUCGUCGUCGAAUGGAUGGGCUUGCCUUCACCAUAUUAUUCUGCUACGUCUUCCGGUUUUACAAGAAAAAAGUUGAGUGAGAUUCUGGCUACCAAUGAGCGGGUUAUAUUUUACCGUAUAGCAAAUGAAUUUGGCAGUGUUGAUGAGGGUUUGGAGGAGUCCAAUAUAACAUUUAAGGGUUCUGUGGCUCAUGAGUUGACUCAGAGGCUGGAGGAUAAGACUGGGCUUAGGGAUAUCAUUCUCUGCUCCCAGAAUGCCUUGAAUGGGAAGCUUUAUCGGCUUCACUCACUGCUUCCUCCCUACAUGAUUAUGCACGUUGUGAUAGUUCAAUCCUCAUCAAAAUUUGCAGUAGAUAGUGGAUUGCUUCAUGUGGAGAAGGGGAGGGAUCCUGAGGUCAAAUUGUCUACGGAUAAGAAAGUGUGUGGAAAAGUUGAAAAACAAAAGAAAGAAAGACUCGCAUUGCCACGUAUGAGGUUUGUGGACAGAGAAUUUGGAAUGGCAACAUAUGGUUCUUUGAUUGGAUUAAGUAUGAAUGCUCUACAAGGACAGAAGUUGUCUGCUGCGGAAAAGCAGAUUGUUGAAAACAUGAUUGGAAAAUGUUCAGAUCUGUAUGAAGAGGAGAAGUUGAAGGAAAUUAUGUGGCUGGAAGGAAAUGAAGGAGUGGGACUUUCUUUUAUCUCACGACAUGAAACUGAAGCACUGAAAAAACUAAGGAAGAAAGCAUGGGAACUGAAGAGAAAGUUUGACUUGCUGGUUAUGUUUUUGUACCCAAUGAAGAAAAAUGCAACGGAGGAAAGUCUGGCUUUUACUGUUGGAAAAUUCCCUAUUACCAAUGAUCUAAUAAGAAGAAUAAAAGCGUCCAUUUUGACCAAGAAUCAGCCGGGGCUAAUAAAAGAAAAAACAAUCUUUGACUGGCCAGACCUCUCAAGAACAGAAUCACCUUGGGACCUCCCGGUCUUAUCUCCUACCCAAUUAAUUUUUAAGAUUUGGAAGCAGCAGCUUUGUGAAGUUGAAAAAGACGUGGACAAGUAUGAUUUUGACAUUGCAACGUAUCUACCUCGAGAUAUGGUGGAGAACAUGAAAGAUCCUCCAGGUAUUGAUAUGAAUUAUUCAACAUCAAGUACCAAACCUGCUGAGCUGACAAUCUCCUCAACAAGUACCGAGUCUGCCAAUGCUACUAGGACAUACGAAGAGGAGAUAACAGUUUCACAACAUGAAAUACAUAAAUUCACAGUCAACUCUGCUGUUCAGCAAGUUGUAAAGUAUUUUGAGGCCAGAAGAAAUGGAAAGAUUGGAAUUUCUGGUAGUGGUUGGGAGGAAGUGACUAAAGCCUUGAAAGAUCUGCCCAAGAUAAGAAAUAUGUUUGAUAUUGUGCAAAAUGUCUCUCUCUCAAACUAUGAGAGCAUCAUGCAGCUCCAACAGAAUGUUGAAGAAGUACAGGGACCUUCAAGUGUUCACAGUUCCCUUGGCAGGCCUUCCCGCAUCUUGCUUCUCGUGGAUUACAUUGAUCAACGGAUUGAUGUAGAUGACCUGGAAUUCUUUGACUUUUCUGAUAGUGUAUGCAUUGUACUGAAUACUCGACCAGAGAAUGUUAAUGAGAUAUUAGCGUUAAAUCUGGAGAUCAGGUUGGAGGAUUGUCUACUACCUUGGAACUUAUUUUGCAAUAAUGUGGGAAGAGUACUUGUUGAUUCUUACGAUCUCCAACAAAAGGCCAUGCGCUUGGUUGAAGAAUGCCAUGGCAAUUUAAUUGCUAUCAUUCUGCUCGCAAGGAUUUUAAAAGGUACAAAAGAUUGUAGUGUCUGGGAGCUCGCGCUUCAUGAAUUAAUGUGCCAACAAUCUUCUCUUUUUCUGCAAGGGAGUGGUGUCAUCCUAAUUAAUGUAUUAAGAUUCGCCUGGGAGCGUAUGAGCACAGAUGCCACCAAGCAAAAUUGCAUUAGAUACUGUUUGUUGCAAAAUCGAAAUAAAAUUGUCAGGGAGGCUUUGAUUUACCAGGGCGUCCGGAGCGGUUGGAUAGAAACAGUUAAUAAAGGAGAAGAUGUUCUAAAAGAACUGACGUCUUCCUUCUUGCUGGAGAAUAUUGGCGAAUUCAACUUUCUAAUGCGAGCAGAGAUUAGACUUGCAUUAAUGAAUAUACUUGUAGUUGGUAAGCUUCCAUCAUAUCUAGAUCAUGGGGAUAUAGGACCAACAAAGACACUAGAGAUGAUGAAGUGGGUUGACAAGGAGAGAAACCAGAUGAACAGCAAGUUGUCUGAGUUGCCAGAAUGUCCUUAUUGUCCUUCUCUGGAAAAGUUAUCCUUGCAGCAAAACUAUGAUCUGAUGGUAAUUCCUUCCUCGUUCUUUUUGUGCAUGCCUGCCCUCAAAGUUCUGAAUUUGUCAUAUACCAGCAUAAAGUGCUUGCCAGAGUCUAUUUCCAAAUUGGUUAACCUAGAAGAGUUAUUUUUGCGGGGUUGUGAUCUAUUAAUGGAAUUACCAAUUGAAAUUGGUGAACUUGAGAAACUUGAAUUAUUUGAUCUUGAAGGUACUCCAUUAUCAUAUUUACCAGAGGAAAUUGGGAAGAUUGACCAAUUGAGAAGCUUGAAGGUUACCUUAAAUGUACGUGCAAACCUUAUACGAAAAAGUAAGGAUGUAAGUAGAAUAGUUCCAAUGAAGUACCUGUUAGAACGAACUCAAUUUAAAGAACUAAGCAUUGAUGUGCAUCCGGAUGGUAAUUGGUGGGAUAUUGAAGUGACAAGCAUUUUAAGUGAACUACCCAGCUUUAAAUGUCUGAACACUCUUAAAUUGUAUUUGCCCAAUGUUGAAGCAUUGAAGCACAUCAGAUGGUACGGGACAACAUUGAUACAUCCAGCACUAGAAUGCUUCAGAAUCAUUGUUGGACAUUAUUGCUUCUUAUCUCGCAUACCGCAUGAACUUGAAGUGGAAUUCAAUAAUUUGGAGAAGUUCGAAAAAGGCUUGAAGUAUAUGAAUGGUGAAGGUAUAAUGCCCGAAAUUUCCAAGUUAUUGAAACGUGUCAGUGCUGUUGCACUAGAACGUCAUUGGAUUCUUAAGAAUCUAUCUGAGCUUGGCCUUAGGAAUUUGUCUAACCUUAAGUUUUGCUGCUUGGCUGAAUGUAAUGAGCUCCAAACCAUCAUUGAUUCUGAACAGAUUUCUCCAGUAGAUUUGGAAGAAGAUGAUAGCGAUGAAUCUGAAUCUGAAUCUGAGUGUGAAGAAGAAAGUGUACUGAGUUCAUUGCAGUACUUAAGUAUUCACUACAUGAAGAAAUUGGAGAGCAUUUGCAGAGGGCGAGUUAGUAAGACGUGUUUGUCUAGUUUGAAGUCCAUGGCUUUGCAUACAUGCCUCAGUUUGACUACCAUUUUUACAAAAGAAAUUCUUGAUAAUCUUAAAAACUUGAAGGAGCUCAUAGUUGAAGACUGCCCCAAACUCAGUAGCCUAGUGAGUCCUGAAUGUUCCAACUCAACGUCAGAUGAAUAUCUCCCAAGCCUUAAAAAGAUAUCACUUCUCGAGCUACCAGAACUGGUCAACAUCUCCAACGGGUUGUGCAUCGCUCCAAGAUUAGAGAGCAUGAUCAUCUUCUAUUGCCCAAAGCUCAAUAAACUUUCUAGUACAGAUGUUUCCAGUAGAAAUUUGGAUGUAUUUAAAGGAGAGGAGGAAUGGUGGAAUGCAUUGGAGUGGAAUGAACAAGACACAGGCCAUAAAUAUUAUUUGGCAGGUAAAUUUACUCCGCUUUCAAGGGAUAUGGAUUUGAUGGCUGACUGGGAAAAAAUUCGAUUAACUACAACCUUAUAAGCAAGGUGGAAAGCUGUCUUGACGGCCAGCCUACAGCUAGAGUGAAUGCACGGUUCCAUGCCCCACCACUUUGGGAUACCAUGAUUUACCCUAAGCCCCUGUGAAUUGGAGCAAAUGAUGAUAAUUUUCUCUCCAAUUGAAUCAUUACAAUUUUAGGAGACUUGUUAUCAGAGACAGGUUGUCAAAAUUUAUACUCCACCAACCGUUUUGAACUGGGCAUUGACUAGUAUAUAAUCUCACUCUUGUUGUGAUAUGAAGAAUGUAGUGAUAUUACUUGUUACUGAUAUAUAAUCUCACUUGUUAUGGCAGAAGAAUGAACCUUUUUUCUGAAGCAUAGAGAAGCUUUGAGUUCAGAUGCUGAUGAUGGUUAUUGCCCAAGAAUGUGGAAUAUGGCUUGCACUGUAAAGUUUCAUGUGCAAUGGGCUCGAUGGACAUGAUCAUCAAAUUUUGUGUAUAAAUCAAAUCUGGGGUUUUUUUGCCACAGUUGUUACAUUCAGAAUCCUCUGAUAAUGCAUUAUUCAAACCCAUUUUCCUGAUAAA